AUGAUGUCUCCAUCGCCGAAGUCACCGGAAGAAAAAAAAACCCCAGACGAUGAAAACUUAUCAAACGAUGAAUUAUCCCAUCCACCAAUUCAUACACAUCAUGAUUAUAUUGCAUCUACUGAUGAAUCACCAACAAAUUCUGAUGAUGAACAUAACAAUAAUAAUAAUAUUAAUCAGCAAUAUGAAAAUCUCAACGGUUAUUGUCUUUUACCACAGGAAUCUGACAUGAAUCAGCAACAAAAUGAUGAGGAUAGUGAAAAUGGAAAUGGAAAUGAAGACGAUGAAGAUGAUGAUGAUGAAUUUCUGCGUUUUGCUACUCUACGAGUACAUUCAUCAAUUGAUGAGAAUAAAGGUUCUCAAACAAUGAACUCAGCUCUAUGUACAAAUGAAGCUGUGUGGUCAACCAAAUUAGAAAGCGAAUCAUUUCCUGUUGAUGAUGAUAAAGCAAAUUAUAUAAAAAAUUUAAUGUCCUCAGUAAAAUUGCCUGAAUCAAGUAUACCAAUGUGGGCACAGUUUUGUACAGAACAAGAUUGGCAAGAGAAACUACGAGAAAGAAUCGCUUGUCGGCAAACAACAUUUUUUCUUAACGAAAAAAACUAA